AUGAGCAUUGAGGCCUCGGCUUCGUCGAUUAAGGAAGAGCUGGUUCAGGUGGGUUUUGAGCUGAGGGCCCUGAGCGAGAGGCUUGCUAGGCUGGUCGAGAGGGUCGGAUCUCUUGAGAGCAGCGCCCUGGCCGACCAGAGCUGGGAACUAGUCGAAGAGGGAUCGCUUCCGAUCGGGGUCACCGACCUAGCUCACCCGUAUCCCGGUGCAACCACCUCACCACUGAGGGACAUCGAGCCUGUCGUACCAAGGUACUUGAUUGAUUUGUGCAGCGAGCGACUAAGGUCCAAUUCGUCCAUCACGCCUGUUGAGAGGGCCAAGCGAGCUUUUGAGUUAGGCCACAGUGCCUGGUUGGCCAUCGCCACAGGGGCGCAUUACCGGCCUGCAGGAUCUGUCCCGCACCUAUCGAGCACGCAUUGGAUUGUCCUCCGAGGGUUAGGAUUAAAGGAGACCGUGCGCGCAUCCACUCGCAGGGACGCACUCCGUGCCUUGGCAAGUUCGGAUCCGACCGCAAUCAUCGAGGAGUUCGCAUCGUUCAUUGAGUUGCAAACUUUUUGUGUUGCUGCUAGGGUCUUUCAAGCAGACGAUCAAGACCUACUGGGUCCCUCGUACGUGGUGACGGUAGGCCUUUGUGAAGAAGAUGAAUUCGGUCAGAUAUAUAGCAUUGAUCACGAAGUUCAAGUUCUUUUGGUGGACCUUUCUGAUUCAGCGCUCCAAGCUUUCAGAGAAUAUGAUCCGGUGACGGACUCACUGGAGGAACUGCAAGCAUAUGACGAUCAUCAUCCUGCGGCAUUGCCACUCUCGGCCUCCUUGGUAUCUCUGGCAAAGCAGUGGACUGAAGACCUGGGACAAUCUCGAGGACAACGGCUUGGUCUAGGCCUUGGACCUUAUCCACAAAUGCCGGCACUGGGUCAAGGGUUUGCUCAUCUGGGACGGCCCAAGGAUGCGGCCGUCAAGGCAGCAGCAUCCCUCUUGGGGCCACCCCCAAAGACGCAGAAGAAGCCUGCAGUCCCUGCUCUACCGGAGGAGGUCGCUCGAGACGAGCCACAAGACCCUUGCCAACAAGCGGCGGACCCCAUGUUGGCAGCGCUGUCCCUGCAGAGCACUGCAUUGACCAGCCUGGUGGCGCACCUUGCGGGCCACUCGACAGACCCGCUGAUAGACCUGCAAGGAGGAAGCAUCAGCUCCAGUUCGUCCUCAACCCGGGGGGUCGCCAGGCGGGAGAAGAUGCAAAGCGACCUGGCACUCAGACAGAGCAAUUACUGGCUCGCCUUCCUUCAGCAGCUGUCAAGGAGGAUGAACCCCUCUCGCCCGGUGCCAACCUCCACAGAUAUGGCAAAGGAUUCCGAUCUUUCGUUCCUGGCCUAUCUGGAGAGGCACGGUGCCUACAAGCAGUCGAAGGAGAUCGGUACCAUUCUCUGGGUGCUUGGGUAUAUCGUCGAUGCUGCAAUUGCGCAAGACUUCGAUGGUGUCAGAGAACACCUUGCCCUCUUCGCCACGGCUCUGGAUCAGGCGGCCUUGGACCAAGGAUGGUCAACAGCAUUCCUGGUAACUUUGGCCGAGGAGCCACCAGCGACUUUGUUUGCAGAGAAGGGAACCAGCCUCUCGGUGUCCAAGCCUUUCAGCCCAUUGAUGCCAGUUGCAUGGGGGGCCGUAUUGCUGGCCUACCUGAAGGACCUGGAUAUCAUGAACUCCAAGAAGCAGGAGAGUCCAUCCAAGAAGGCGGGGGCGUCAGCCAGCCAAGAAACCAAGGAGGGCGAUUCACCGAAGAAAAGGCCUCGCUUCCCCAAAAAGCCAAAGGGAGGCGGUGGCCAAGCAGCUCACAAGCUCAACCAUGAAGCAAAAUUCGAUGCGCUUCAGCAGCGUAUGUCGCUCCCGAAGUGGUGCGCGUGUUUGACAUCGGCUGUACUCAGGACGAGGACACCCUUUGCUGCUUUUCUUGCCCGUACUUUCCAUCUGCCUCGCACCUCCCAGAGACCGCCGGUCGAUGCGAGCGAGCUAGAACAAUUUGAUGCCUUCUCGGCGUACCUCCUACGCCAGGCGAAGUCCAGAUACCACAGAGGUCUUCACGGAGACCGCUUAGGCCUGAAAGGUCAGCGUCUUGCAAAGGGCCAGCCGCAGAAGCUUUUCGUUGCUUUUAGAUCGAUCCUCCAGGGAGACCACACAGGGGUUGAUGUAGCUACUAGUGCUCACCUGUCGCUGUUGAAAGGCGUAGGCCUCCUUGAUGAGAAGUCUAGGUUACAAAGUUGUACUCCCCUUUUUGAUCAGUCAAACUGCGAAGGACUUUGUAUUGACGACUAUUUUGCAAUGAGCCUUGAGACCCUGGGCACGCCGUUGCAGGCCUCGGGUGCAAAGCUGAAGAUCGAUCGGGCCCUUGAGGCCUAUCAGCAGGCUGGGAUUCUGGGAAGUCCUGAGAAGGACGUGCUGGCCGAUAAGGCAAAGAUUGUUGGGGCCGUAUGCAACUCAAGUGCGGAGGCCCGCGCCCAGGGUGUUGUUACCUUAGGCGCCCCUAUUGAGAAGCGUAUUGCACUUUCAGUCAUCAGUCUGCAGCUGUGCACCUUGACGCACACCACAGACGUCUUACAUGUGUGUUUGACCGGAGGUUGGGCGUCAGCCUUCAUGUUCCGCAGGCCUCUCAUGGGCCUUUUGCAUAGGGUUUACGAUCUUGUGCAGGGUUCAGUAGUGGACCCUAACCGCCCAAAGAUUUGUCGCCUGCCUAGGUCGGUUGCCAACGAGUUUGUCCUUGCGGCAAUCCUGAUGCCGCUUGCGAGCUCAGACUUGAGCGCCGAUUUCAACACACUGCUGUACUGUAGUGACGCCUCCAGCAGGAUGGGCGCCUUUUGCUCAGCAUCGAUUCCUAGAGACCUGUCGUCGGUGAUUUGGAAAGCAUGCAAAUCUAAGGGGGCUUACACGAGGCUCCUUUCGCAGGUUGAGUCGGACAUCAAACGCAUCGGAGGUUCCGAGUCAUUUGAAGACGAGCUUGAAACGGCAGCGCAGCCGGUUAAUGUCCGUAGGCCGUUGGCCUAUCGUUUCGCGUUCAUCGAGCUUUUUGCGGGGUCCUCAAAGGUCACGGAACAGAUGUCUCAACUCGGGUGGUCAGUAGGCCCGCCCAUCGACCUGAGCUUCAGUCCGGAAUAUGACCUCUCGGCGGUUCAUGUCAUGAGUUGGUUGAGCCACCUAAUAGUCACUAAGAGUAUAGAGAGCUUUGCCUGUGAACCUCCCUGCACCACCUUCUCGAUAAUGAGAAGACCGCAACUGAGGUCGAAGCUGGAGCCGUAUGGUUUCUGUCCCGCAGACCCACAAACCAAAACAGGCACAGUCCUCGCGUUGAGAGGGCUCCAGUGUCUUCAUUUGGGGCACAGGGUUGGGACACCGGGCUGGCUUGAGACCCCUUUUUCUUCUCGUUUGAAAGCGUUGCCUCCCUACAAGAGACUCCAAGGGGCCAAAGGAGCUGACUUUUGUAGGUCGGACUCGUGUUGUUUUGGUUCGGAACAUUUGAAGCCUUUCGCUUUCCUCAGUGUUUGGGCCCCGCUCAGCAGGGUGAGGAGGAGAUGUAGGUGCUCAGGUAAGCACCUGCAAGUGCAGGGUCAGUACACAAAGUCCAGCGCCAUGUAUACAGACGACCUCGCACAAAACCUUGCUCUGGUGCUCCAUGAUGCCAUUUUGGCAAAGAGGGCCCUCGACGAGGACUGGGACGGAGCCCCUUCCGCGGGACUUGAAAGCCUUCUGGUGAAUCAGCUUGCUCUGGAAGCGCCUUGGCAGACUGAGAAGAAAUGGACCUUCAAAGGAGCCUCGCACAUUAAUAUUCAGGAGUCUGUCUCGGUCCUCAGAGCGAUUGAGCAUGCAUCAAGGAAAGGCUCCCCCCAGAGGACCUCCAUUCUCGUCGAUUCGAACGUCGUUAGAUGUGCGGUUUCAAAAGGACGGACAUCGUCCAGAGGCCUCAUGCCGAUUUUAGCUAAGAUCAAUGCAGUUUCCUUAGCCGCAGGCCAGUACCUGUGUCUGCCCUUUUGUCCUACUCGUCUGAACCCUUCAGACGAUCCCACUCGUGGUGUUGAGCUUAGAUCCCCAGUGCGCGAAGGUGCCACUCUCAGACUGAGCCUCUCGGAGUGGGAGGACGUGGCAAGCCAUAAGGGUCUUAAGAGCACAGCCGCCAACUGGUUGCGUUUUGUAGUUUUGGUGGGCGGGACCCAUCUGUUGAGCCUCAGAGAUCAGAGUUCGUUUAGGCAGCCGCCUGUUUGGGAAUAUAGAUCCUUCCUCAACCGCGCUUUCCCUCGAGAGUUUGAUAGCACACUCGGCUUCCCAGGUGAGGGCCCUCUGCUACUUCUCCUCUGGAUUUUUGUUGCUUCUCCCCUGUCUUCAUCUUUCCUGGGCGGGCGAGGCACUCCUCCCUUUUGGAUUUCAGGAGCCAUUUUGGGGGGGACGCGAUGCGCCAUGGCAGUGACGAUAGAACCCCGGAACCCGGGAGACCAGAGAAGAGCUGACUACCGAAAGAGGAUUGGGCCACUCCCCACUGGCAGACCUGUGCUAAAGGUCACUGAGAAGCGAAGAGAGGUGCUGCUGUCAGCCUUCACGAGGUGGCUGGAAGGACGUGGUGUUGUGGUCGAUGACCUCUUUGUCAACACCUACCAGACUAUAGAGGAAAUCAACACACUGCUGACAGCCUAUGGGCGUGAGCUCCACCUAGCGGGCCGACCGCUGAAUGAUUUCUCUGAGACGAUAAACUCAAUUUCCAGUUGGAAGCCACAGUUGCGCCGGACCCUUCAGGGCGCCUGGGACCUGGCGUAUAGCUGGGUCAAAACAGAACCGGCGGUUCACCACACCGCCAUGCCGGCGCAAGUACUGAUGGCAUGCUUGAGCUGCUGUUUUGCCUGGGGAUGGGUUCGCAUGGCUGGAUGUUUAGCAAUGGCCUGGGGAGGACUUUUAAGGGCUGGAGAGUUGUUUCAAGCCAGAAGACAAGAUCUACAACUUCCUUCAGACCUUGCAGGUAGUGUUCCCUUUGCCCUCCUCGCCAUAAACGAGCCAAAGACCAGACAUAGCACAGCAAGGCACCAAUGCUCAAAGCUGGACAUCCCAGACUUGGUGUCCACGAUAGAGCUGGCUUUUAGGUCACUUCGACCAUCUGAACUUCUCUGGGAUAGGAGCCCGCAAACCAUGCGGAAUAGACUCCGUUCGAUCUUCAGAGCAUUGCGAUUGCCCGUGGAGACCUACAAAGGUGUACGAGCCCUAGACCUCGGCUCUUUGAGACCAGGAGGAGCCACACACCUUCUUCAGACCACGGAAAGCGGAGACCUCGUCAUGAGGCGAGGUCGUUGGGCCAGCUACAGGGUUAUGAGUAUCUACAUACAAGAAGUGGCCGCAACAUCUUUCCUCUCUAUCCUGGAGAAGAGUGUGCGUGAACAGGUGCUUGAACUCGCUUUUUGUUUUACUACUUUCCUCGAGCAAGCCUGGGCUUUUGAGCAAGCAAAGAUCCCCCGAGAAGUUUGCCCUAUCUGCUGGGUGGCGUUGUGUCAGUUCCAGCUGAAAGAUGGCGGAACUGUGUGUACACCUGCUUUGCAGAUGGAAAAUGAAAGCAACAGUGUCAGACAGAGUGAACAUUUGAAAGCACCUGCACCAGAGACCUAUGAUGAUUUUCCAGACCCAGAUCCAGGUCAGGUGUUUGAGGAGGAACCACUGGAUUCACCUCCAUUGGGUUCUCAGGACCCACCUCACUCGCUCGCUGUUGAUGAUCCGCAGUUGUAUCGGAACUUUCUGGGUCACUCCAUUCAACAGCUUCAGGACAUCUUGAGAUUUGCAGCUUUGGUAAGCACCGGUCAGCGCAAGCGGCGCAAGCUUGUGCUGUUGCUCCUUCGCCGACAAAAUGCGGCCGCCCUAGCUCAGAGCUUGGCAGCUGAGAACAACUUUGAAGCUUGGAAGGUGGGUGUUUGGAAGAUGGCAGAUGAUGCGUCUGUGGUGGUGGGGAGCCGCCUGCUCUGCCUUGGCAAUUCAGAACACCCCAAGCUGACUUUGUGUCUGGGCGAAUUAGCUUUGAGCAUCAGUUGGACAGGCCUGAACCCGAAGGCUUCCGAUGCAGCACAGGAUAGCUUUUCGGGCUGUAGUGGCGGAUGGCUUCAUUUUUUGACUCGCUUGAAGGCCGGCGUUCCAGAGUUUGCCGUUUGCUUUCACCGCGAUGGCGCUGUUCAGCUCAGUGCCCAGAAUGGAGCUGGGCCGGCGUGUCCAGAUGACCUUAGAGGUGUUGCGCUGGAUCAAGCGCCAGUGGCAGCCUUAAGCUAUUUUGGAGUGUGCGGCAUCAUGAGGGCGAUUCGCUUUUCGAGGUGCCGCUUGGAGGGCUGCAGCUAUUGGUUGUCGAAGGACAUGAGGCGGAGGCUCUGCGUUGCCAGUCUUUGGUUGAAGCCUUGUGACGACUACGUGUCGGUGUCGGUGUCCCAUCAGCAUUCGCUUGUGGGCUCAGGACCCAAUGCCAACGGCUUGGUCUUGAAAAACACUUUCCUGGAGCUUCCAGACGAGGCAAAGGGCAAACUGUCCAAUGGGGCAGCACAGCGAAAUAAAGGGCCCGGCCCAGAUGCAGCGCGCUUCUUUAGGCAGGUCUUGGACCUGGAGACCUACAUCCCACAGGUCGAGGAUGAGGAGGGUGUUGCCAUCAAGUACUGCCGGAAGAGCUGCUUUGCAAGCCGCUUGAAGGAGUUGGAACCUGGGUCAGUUCAGGGUACACCAUUUGUUGGACAGAUCCGCAGACGAAACGUUGCCUGCAGUCACUUGGGCUUGGCACUCUGUGAACUGGAAGCCUACCACACCUACCACGACUGCUCUGAUGAGCCGGGCUCCUUUUGCGCGGCCACCGUGGCAGAGCCGGCAGCCUUGUUGUCAAGGCUUCGGCAUGACCUGAGCCUGAGCAUGCGUCCAAGGUAUCGCAUGCUCCCUUGGACUCGGGCAGUCUCCAACGUGAGCACAGUGAGUGCGCUCUUUGUGGCUCUUCCACCAUGGCCGUCCGAGUUGAGAAGCUGUGCUCCAACCGAUGUGGCGCCCGCCACCGUCGCGCUGAAGAGAGCGGGUGAUGCCUUGGACUUGCUGAAGAGCGCCUCCAAGGAGGAGACGAAGCGUUUAGAAGCGUUGGCUCUUCCCAUCUCUGCAUUGGUGCUGCUACAGCUGGCUUCGCUUUUGCUCAAAGGCCAGGACUGA